GAAUUGGACUCACUUUUUCGGAAUUACCUCAGUUGGGAAUUAGCUGCAACCCUCAACAUGCCGUCCAAGCCUGCCCCCAUCAAGAAGGCGGCCAAGAAAGAGCCGGCCAAGAAGGAGGAGGUGAAGGCUCCAGAGCCUGCGCCAGCACCGGAGCCCGCACCGGCAGAGGCCGCCCCCGCAGAGGCAGCCCCCGCAGAGGCAGCCCCAGCCCCCGUUGAGGGCGAAGCCGCACCUGCCGAGGAGGCCCCCGCGGCCCCACCAGCUGAGGAGCCCAAACCCCCCACCCCUCCUCCACCCGCUGAUGAGCCCACCAGCGCCCCAGUGGAGCUGUUUAUCGAGGACAAAAAUGACACGUCUGUGACCAUCAUGUGGAGCCAGCCGGAGGUCGUCGGGCUGUCUGGUCUGGACGGAUACACUAUUGAAAUCUGCAAGGAUGGAACCGAGGACUGGAAAGCUGUCAACGAGGACUUGCAGAAGUCCUGCCGCUACGUCAUCAAGAACCAGACCACCGGGGACCGCCUGAAGAUCCGCGUGGUGGCCGUGAACGCCGGCGGCCGCAGCCCCCCCUGCGCCCUCCCCGAGGCCAUCCUGGUGAAGGAGAUCGCUGAUCGCCCCAAGGUCCGUCUGCCUCGCUUCCUCAGGCAGAGAUACGUCACCCAGGUCGGAAGCAAGAUCAACCUGACCAUCCCCUUCACAGGCAAACCCAAACCUGUGGUCACCUGGACAAAGGACGGACAGCCCCUGGACACCAAGAGGGUGAACAUCCGCAACAGCGACAGAGACAGCAUCCUGUUCAUCCGCACGACCGAGAGGGACGACUCCGGCGUGUACGAGAUGUGCGUGAAGGUGGACGACUUCGAGGACAAGGCGCUGCUCACCCUUCAGAUUGUCGAGCUGCCAGGACCUCCCGCCAGCGUUAAGAUUAUUGACACCUGGGGCUUCAACGUGGCCCUGGAGUGGACUCCCCCUAAAGACAGUGGAAACACAGACAUUAAAGGCUACACGGUGCAGAAGGCCGACAAGAAGACUGGAGACUGGUUCACCGUGCUGGAACAUUACAACAGACUGAAUGCCACCAUCUCUGACCUCAUCAUGGGCAACACCUACAAGUUCAGAGUGUUCUCAGAGAACAAGUGUGGACUGAGCGAGGAAGCUGCCGUCACAAAGGAGGAGGCCGUCAUCCUGAAGACAGAUAUCGACUACAAACCUCCCAAAUACCAGGAGCACGACUUCACCGAGGCUCCCAAGUUCACCACGGCCCUGAGCGACAGAGCCACCACUGUGGGCUACAGCACCAAGCUGCUCUGCUCCGUCAGGGGAGAACCCAAGCCCAAGGUCCAGUGGAUGAAGAACCAGAUGAUUCUUGGAGACGACCCUAAGUACAGGCAGAUCUGCGUCCAGGGCAUCUGCUCUCUGGAGAUCCGCAAGCCCGGCAACUACGACGGUGGCGUGUACUCCUGCAAAGCCAUGAACAAGCACGGAGAGGCAAUAGUCGCCUGCAAGCUGGAGGUCAAACAGGCAGCGGUUCCGGAGGCAGGGAAAGACAAGAAAUAGAUCAACGUUCUCAUCAUUACAGGAGCAGAAGGAAUGAGGCCUUUGCAGCGUAAGGACGGUGCUGGAUUCCUGGCAGAACAUGUACAUAUGGCUGGUGACCACGCUGCACGAGGGUUGUUGCCUGUGACCUCUUGACAAGUGUUGCCCGAUGUUGUGAUGGACGUUUGUUGUCGCUUUGUGCCUUUUCACUACGUUAUCAAGUCCACAUCAUUGUCCAAUAUCAGCUCCCCCCCCCCCCCCCCCGGUUUCCCAACCCCCCGUCAAAGUAACUAUAGGCGAGGGUAUCACAGCAUGAAUUCACUGUUCUUCAUUGGAGAUCUACAUGUAACAUCGACGUGUUUUUAUCAAUAAAUAAUUUAAUUUCUG